AUGGCAGCGCCCCUGUCCGUACUGCUGCAGCAGGUCCAGCAUGAGCGCAAUUCGGAAUCUGUACAGCAGCGGAGGUCGCUUCCACGGAAACGAAGCACAUACUUCAAACGCAGCGCAGGGAAAUCGAGCCCCAUACCAAUCAUGACGCCCGAGAGAACGCACAGCGAACCACAAUCACUUGCAAUGCAAAGAUGGCAGGAUUCACCACCGCAGAACGAAGCAGCUUCUUUGUCGGCUAUCUGUUCCGCGUUGGAGCAUCCUAUGGCAAAUGGAACGCCAAACAGCCCCUGGACGCCCAACUUUGACGCCUUCCGCACUUACCGAACGCCUCCUUCUUUGACCAGUGUGGCCAGCAGUGUGUCUUCGCGGCACUCUGCUGACUCAAGCCGCUCAGCAGCAUCUGGGACAUCAAAACGAUCUCGUGUUACCAAGAAGACGAGGAAGCCGAAGGCUAUUCGAAAAGAGACCAACCCGGAAGACCGUAUCUUUAAGUGCACUUUCUGCUGCGAUACCUUCAAACACAAAUAUGACUGGGCACGACAUGAGCAGUCACUACAUCUUAGCACGACAGAGUGGCAGUGUGCACCCCAUGGUGGCGCCGUUGUUCUGUCGACCGGAAGAGCACAUUGCGCCUAUUGUAGUGCACUAGACCCAACCACCGAACAUCUCGAACAGCACAACCACAGUGCUUGUCAUACCGAGCAGGGUACGCCACGAUCUUUUCGGCGGAAGGAUCACCUCGUACAACAUCUUCGACUGUUCCAUGGAAUCGAAACGCUUCCGCUUGUCGACGACUGGAAAGCAAAUCUGCCACCCAUAAGCUCACGGUGUGGCUUUUGCGAUACAAAGUUGGGCAGCUGGGACGAACGUGUCAACCAUCUGGCUGCACACUAUCGUCAGGGAAAGACAAUGGCCGACUGGACUGGCGAUCAUGGAUUUGAUGCCGCCACUUCGGCUCGCGUUGCUUGCGCUCUGCCACCGUAUUUACUUGCAGAUGACUCCAGAAGUCUUGUGCCAUUCUCUGCAACCGAUCCUGCGUCGAGAGAUCACUUCAAUCAGAUGCUCUCCUUGCUCGAUCAGGAAGGCUUGCUUUCGCCACAAGAACCGAACCAGAACGGCGCUUCUGGGUCAAACAACAUGGUGCUCCCAAAGUUGGUGGAAGACGAUACUCCUUAUAUGUUCGCGGAUGUCUUGGCUCAGCAUCUCAGUCAGUUUGCGCGCAACAACAUCAUGAAGGGCAUAAUGCCGACAGAUGAGAUGUUCCAAAGGGAAGCAAGACGAGUUGCUUUCGGCGACGAAGACGGCUGGAACCAGACACUGGCUGACAAUCGAGAGUGGCUAAAGAGCUGGAAGCAACAAGAAGACUGGCUCAGCCAAGCUGCGCAGCUGAGCCUCCAUUGA